CUACUUUUCAUUUCUACCAAACCUUCGGCUUUCUUUCUUCCUUUGAUCCAAUCCUUUAUAUACUCAAAGCUAAUCUCUGCAAUUCCUCACAAAAAAGAAAAAGAAAAAAAGAGACACAGAGCUCAAACUAAAAAACUCAAAACUCAUGGCUUCCUGCUGCUGUGCUGACAUAUGGACCUGGGUUCAGAACCUGCCACCACUCACUCACUGGAAAACAGAGUUCAUGUCCACAUGCAUAUGCCCUUCAUCCUCAUCCUCCCCACCAUCCCUCAAUCUCCUCAUCACCGCAAACCUUCAACCACCCUCUCUCUCCUUCUCCAUUCUUGCAGAUUUCAAAACCCCCAUCUCCCUCUGGACCUCAAAACCCUUCAAGCUCACUCCUAAACCCUCAAAGCUACUAUCAGCAUCAGAUGAAGAAACCCUUUCCAAUCUCCUCACCAAUCUCAUCGAAGAUGUCCUCAAGUACAGCGCAACCAAAUCCAAAAGCUUCUUCCUCAAAAUCCCCAAAUUGGGUUCUAUCCCUAAUUUCAAAGACAUCUUCAAUUUCUCAUUCCUAACCCUAACCCUCCUCCUCGGCAUCUACGAAGCUCCCAUGGACAUCCGCUCAAACUGUCUCACGACCCUGAAGACUGAAUUAACGAGUACCCAAUCGAGAGAAGCAUCAAAGCUGCUGAUGAGAUUAUUGGGAUCGAAUCUGGAAGAACAGUGGAUGCGAUCCAUAAACCUUGCAAUUACCAAUAGGAUCGUGGAGCUUCAAGCUACUCAUCACUCCCUGAAAACGCCGUCUCCCCUGUUUUCUUACGCGGUUUCAGCGUCCGGGAUGUGGAAAGUUCAGCUGUACUGUCCCGUCAUAGCCAUGGAUGUUGAGAAUGCAAGGAAUUCGGCCGAUGAGCGCCUGCUUUUCUCUCUGAAGUACCACCAGCUCGAGGGUGUCGUCCAGUUUAAUUACAGAGUCAUCGUCAGGGAGAAUUGGGUUGAUGUGUUGGUGAACACCGACAAUAUAAGGUGUGAUGUUAUUCGACUAGUGAAUGAAACUCUCCUAACUGAGCAAGGAGCAGGGCCAGCGGAAAAACACUUUCCUUCACGAAUCUCUCUACAACUCACACCACUUCUCCAGACUGAUGUGCUAAGCAUAUCGGUUAGCAAAUCUUCUGAGAAUCCAGUGAGGGAAAUUGGCUUUGAAAAUACUCUAGAAGGCUCAGUUGAAAUUGAACCUCCUGCAACUCACGUGGGACUCAAGGCGACUAGUGGAGAGACCAUGACCAUGACCUUAAAGCCAUGGAAAUUCGAACAAUCUGUCCAUGGUAACACCGCAAUGUUAAAUUGGUUUCUUCAUGACUGUGUGAAUGGGAAAGAGGUAUUCUCUUCAGAACCUUCAAAGAAGUCGUUGCUUUAUCCUAAGGCAUGGUUUAAAGACAGAUACUCUAGUGCUUAUCGACCUUUCACUCGGCAAGGUGGGGUGAUUUUUGCCAAGGAUGAGUAUGGAGAUGAAGUGUGGUGGAAAGUGGAUAAAGGUGCUGUAGGAAAGACAAUGAAGUGGGAGAUAAGAGGGUGGGUCUGGUUAACGUAUUGGCCUAAUAAAUAUAAGACAUUUUAUAAUGAUACCAGGAGGUUGGAAUUCAAAGAAAACCUUUAUCUUACCCUCAUUUAGAUACAAAAGAAUAUAUUAUUAAUAAUAGGGAAAUUGGCAGCUUAAUUUUCAAUGUUGUGUUACAAAAAAAUAAGAUGUUCGUUUCUUUUUUUUUUUUUCUAAAUUAAUGGAUGUCAAAAUAUUUCUUUCAAGGAAAGAUAUUGUUGUAAACAUAUUAUCUACGCUACAUAAUUAAUAACAUUAUGCAAGAGCGUCAACUUUAGCGCUUUCAGUA